AUGGAGUCUGGUGUGGCCCAUGGCCUUAUCAGCUCUGAAAAACUUAAUGUAAAAUUUAUUGACCGCACAAAAGACAGUGGUUUGCCAAGUGCUGAGGAACUGAAGCUUGUCAAAGCUGUCCAAGACAAAAAUAAAGAAUUGCUACGAAUUCCUCGAAGGCCUCACUGGGAUUCCAACACAACACCUGAAGAACUUGCUGCCAAGGAACGAGAACUCUUUCUUCUGUGGAGGAAGAGUUUGUCUUUGUUACAAGCAGAAGACCAUGUUACAUUGACUCCAUACGAAAAGAACCUGGACUUCUGGAGACAACUUUGGCGCGUUCUUGAACGAAGGCAAUAUUGGGCCAAGUACUUCUCCACUGAAGGUGUCCGGGUUGCAUUUUGGUCAGCCAUAGAAGAAACUAAGAAACAUCAACAGACAUCCAAGACACAGGAACAAGAAAGGUCAGAUAUUCCUGAAGAGUUGAAAAAAUUGGCAGAAAGUGUACAAGAUGCUGCUGCUGUUGAUGAAGAUGCUGUUGCCACUCCUAACAAUUCUAAAGUUAAAGAUGAUGAGAAAGAUGGUAAUGAUGUUGAUAACCAUGUGGGCGAUUCAGUCAAAGAUCUUGGCAGUUCCUCAACAGCCGAACCUGAUCAAACUGUUGUGCCUGAGUCCACGACCGCUGACUCUAUAGAAUUGGCUCUGGAGAGUCACAGUUCAUGCCACGAUAUGCAGUCAAAGACAAAAAGAGGUGUUGAAGAAAUGAUGAGCACUUUGUGCUUAGCUCCUCCCGAUUCUAAAGAAGGCAGCUCAGUUGAGAAAGACAGUGAAGGAAAUGAAAAUGAUGACAAUGACAAAGAUGAUGAUGAUGAAGAAGAAGAGGAGGAAGAUGAGGAAGAAGAUGGUCACCAGGUAAUGACAGAUGCACAGGAUACAAAGACUGCUGCCCCAUCGCAAACCUGUGCCAUAGAGAACUCAGCCGAGGUGCUGGACACGCACAAGCUGCUAGAAUUUCUGAAAUCACUUCAUGUCGGUCCAACAUAUCAACCAGGUGUAACAACAUUAGGAAUGGUUGGUUUCCCUAAUGUUGGUAAAAGUUCCACCAUCAACGCCAUACUUCAAACUAAGAAGGUUCCAGUCUCUGCUACUCCAGGACGUACCAAACAUUUUCAGACGCUGUUUGUUGAUAAAAGUGUGAUGCUCUGUGAUUGUCCAGGGCUUGUCUUUCCUUCAUUCGUUUCAACCAAAGCUGACUUGAUUAUCAAUGGAAUAUUACCGAUUGAUCAGUUGCGAGAUCAUGUCCCACCUGUCUCUUUGGUCUGCCAGCAAAUUCCCAGGACAAUUCUUGAAGACAUCUAUGGUAUUAUGAUACCUAAACCUGACGAAUAUGAUGACCCAGAUCGUCCACCCACAGCCUUAGAACUUCUCAAUGCUUAUGGCUACAUGCGUGGCUUCAUGACUCCAAGUAGUGUCCCAGAUUGUCCACGAUCUUCUCGUUAUAUUCUUAAGGAUUACGUUAACGGAAAGCUGUUGUACUGUCAUCCCCCUCCUGGGGUCUUAGCUGAAAAUUUCAGCGAUACUCUGAAGACAUCUUCCAAAAAAUCGAAGAAAGAAACUUCUGAAAACUCCCAGAUGAAACAUUCUCGUCAAAAGGUGAUCGAUUCCUCUUUUUUCUCCAAUAAUACUGCAGGCUAUGUCUAUUCAAAGGGCAAGAGAGGGGUCAAAGGUUAUGCGCGACUAGAUGGAUUGAAGCAGGUUGGAUUGUCGGAUGGUGACCCAAACAAGAAACCAGGUAAGAAGCACUACAACAAGAACAAGAAAGAGAAGCUGAGGCGAGUGUAUCACCACCUGGAUGAACACUGAGGUCUUGUCAGAGAGGAAAUGUUAUUAGUGUGAGAAAUAUAUGUAUUAUAUGUACAAAAAAAAAAAAAAAAAAAAUUAUAUAAUGUCUAUGUGCAUUCUAACACACCCACACAUAUAUAUUAUGUAUACGCAUGCUCCUAUGCAUUAUAUAAUUAUAUUUGUGUGUCUAUAUAUAUAUAUAUAUAUAUAUAUAUAUAUAUAUAUAUGAAUGUGUAUUUAUAUUUAUAUACAUAUAUAAAUAUUUUCAUUUGCUAUAUUUUUUUGACAAUAAAUCAUUUAAUUAAAAAGGAUACAAAAGCGGACUUAUUAUUGUUAUUAUUAUGAAAUUGCCUUUCAUUCUUUCAGUGUCGAUAAAUUAAGUACCAGUCAAGUACUGGGUCGAUGUGAUUGACUUACUCCCUCCCCCCAAAAUUUCAGGCUUUGUGCUUAUAGUAGAAAAGAUGAUUAUUAUUAUUAUUGUUAUAUAUAUAUAUAUAUAAAUAUAUAUAUAAUGUAUUUAUGUGUGUGUUUAUACUUGACCCCACCCCACCGCUUGACAACCAGUUUUGAUUCAUCCACAUCUCCGUAAUGUAGCAGUUCGUCCAGAAGUGGUCGAUAGAAUAUGUAGCAGGUUUCGUAAAUAAAAAGUCCUGGGUAUCGAUUUGUUUGACUAAAUCCUUUAAGGCAGUGCUCCAGCACGGCCACAAUCUAAUGACUGAGAAACAAGUAAAAGAUUAAAAAAAAGAAAUCAAUAUAUAAAUAAACCAAUUAAUAAAAAAAAAACAACCUCGAAUAAAGAUUUAAAAGAAUAAAUGAUGCUCAUCUCA